AUGGGGCAGUGCGGAUGCUUCGGGGCGGCGCAGAAGGAGCAGCGGGCGGAGGCCGACCGCCUCGAGGCGCAGGAGGCCCGCGCAAGGGCCGCCGAGGCCGCCCAGAAGAGGCAGCAGGAAUAUGAAAAGUCAGCUGCUGGACGAGCAGCACGAGCACAUAUUAAAGCUAUGAAGGAGGCCAAGACAUCAUCAAACCAAGGAGAGCCGGUUCUGAAGUGGCAGAUGGGGUAA